AUGCCUUUGAUGAUUCCAGUGAGACGGCAACAGAACGUGUCUGUUAGCAAAGAAAUGAGUGAUGAGUGGAAGAAGAUUAAUACCAAGACGAUUUUGGUGGUGCUCAGUGGCUUUUUUGAGUUCAAAGACUCCAACUUCGGGUUGACAUUAUUCGUUUUCUGGCGGGGAGCAUCAAUAAAUCCGGUUGAGAAGACUGGUGACGAUGUCAACUACAUCAAAAGACGAAAGUGGGGCAUAGAAUACGAUACAAUACCGUCUUUGUCUCUCUCGUCUCUCCAUAGUUCAAAACCCAAAAAAGGCAAACCUGUAAAUCGUACGAACAAUUUCGAUUUCGGCAUCUUCGAUACCUUCACAAGUCUUCCAUCUCUGCCUAAGAAACUAUGCAACCGUAUCGUCACCUCUACUUCUGAUUUUGCAGAAAAACUUAUAAUUCUGGAGACAAUCAUGUUCGUGGUUGGAUCAAAGAAUUUGGGAUCUCAAAUUAGCAUACUUGAUGUUUAUUAGAAGGAACAACAUGGGUCGAGCAUCUACACCUCUCUUGAUUCUAAUAGCUCUUGGUUUCUUCUUUGGUACCUAUAAUUUGGUGACUCUGGUAAUUCACCAUACAAGUGAUUCCCUGAAAUUAAGGGACAAUGGUUCAGAGUGGUUUCAUGAUGCCAUUAGAAGAAUCACAGAAAAAAAGAAUUUAAAAUACCAUGUUGCCCUUACAGCCACAGAUGCACCUUAUAGCAAAUGGCAGUGUAGGAUUAUGUAUUAUUGGUAUAAAAAGGUGAAGGACUUACCUGGAUCAGAUAUGGGAGGUUUCACUAGGGUUUUGCAUUCGGGAAGCUCUGAUAAUUUGAUGGAGGAGAUUCCAACUUUUGUGGUUGAUCCUCUUCCUGAUGGACUUGAUCGGGGUUACGUUGUGUUAAACAGACCUUGGGCUUUUGUGCAAUGGUUAGAAAGAGCAACAAUCGAGGAAGAAUACAUUCUAAUGGCAGAGCCUGAUCACAUAUUUGUAAACCCUUUGCCAAAUUUGGCACGUGGAGAGCAUCCAGCUGGAUUCCCAUUUUUUUACAUAAAACCAGCUGAAAAUGAGAAAGUCAUGAGGAAAUUUUAUCCAAUGGAGAAGGGUCCUGUCACAAAUAUUGAUCCAAUUGGCAAUUCUCCAGUAAUUAUUAGCAAGCAUGUUUUGGAGAAAAUUGCCCCCACAUGGAUGAAUAUUUCAUUGAGAAUGAAAGAUGACCUGGAGACUGAUAAAGCCUUUGGGUGGGUACUGGAAAUGUAUGCCUAUGCAGUGGCUUCUGCAUUGCACAAUGUCCGGCAUAUUCUUCGUAAAGACUUGAUGUUGCAGCCUCCAUGGGAUGGAGAAGUUGGGAAAAAGUUCAUUAUCCAUUACACGUAUGGUUGUGAUUACAACAUGAAGGGAGAGUUAACUUAUGGGAAGAUUGGGGAAUGGCGUUUUGACAAAAGGUCAUAUCUUCGUGACCCUCCACCCAGAAACCUCCCUUUACCUCCUCCAGGAGUUCCUCAAAGUGUCGUAAGACUAGUGAAGAUGGUGAACGAAGCCUCUGCUAACAUUCCUGGAUGGGACAAAUUAAAUAGUUGAGAUGUCAGAUAAUUAUUAGUUAGCAGAUCUGCAUAUCCUACUUUUGGUGCAUUCAUACAUACACCUACGUAUAUAUCACAUCACAGAUAAGAUAACCUACUUUAGAAUCCGCAAAUUUUAAGGCUUCUUUAUGCUACAACGUAUUUUUGGGACCAUUGAUCUGAUAUGAUAUGAUUAACAACCAACUCGUAGAAUUUUAUUUUCAAUAACACAAAAUUUGCAAAAUGUCUCACUUAAAGACACAGUGGAACAAGAAAAGAUUAGUUAUUGAUUUAAACUGUGUAUAGAUUAUAGAAGACAUUAACAAUUAAUCUUCUCAUUCUCAUUCUCAUUAUUGAAUAUAACCACACAAAGUUUUACCAUAUGUAUGAAAUGCAUAAGGAUAGACGGAGUCAAAAUGGUGGUAUCUUGGGUUACUUAAGCCUCUGUUCUCUCUUCUCUCGAUUUGUAGCAUGUGCUGUGAAACGUUGGGUUUGGACUUUGGAGGGAUAGAUUUCCAUAUAGUGAGUUUUGGGAGGUUGAUAGUCUACUGAUGUGGCAUGUGGGUUGGAAGGGGUGGGAGAGAUGGAAACAACUACAUACACCUUAAAGUUCAUACAGUUUGCUUUGCUUUUUGGAAGGAUAACAGGCAAGAACCUGGGCAUCAUUGGGAGUUGUUGAAAUUUUAUAAACGUCUUUCUCAGUCAAACGGUUGAUGCAUUUCAACACAACUUGUUUUGAUGAAGAUACAUAAAGAGAAAUUAAAUAUCCUCUUUACUUUUACCUUUACCUUUUACCUUUUUAUUUUUACCUAUGUGAAAUAAUGACAAGUGUUUUAAAAUAUUACGG